AAGCUUUUAAGGCUGUGACAAUUGCCUCAGAUCUAGAGGUACCAUGGGAGAGCAGUGGCUGCCAUGGAAUCGCCCCCGGCAGGUACUUCAGCCAAUGCCUCUGGGAAUGACCUGCAAGCCCUGGUUCAAGGACAGGUUGCCUUCUAAGUGUUUUGCGAAACACAAACAGGAACAACUUAAGUUCCCUACCUCUCUGGAUGGCCGACGCUGGGUGUUUGUGAAGGAAGGGCUGGAUGAUUUCAGGAAGGGCUGUCCACCUAGUGAAGGUAUGAUCAUUCGUGGUCCCAAAGACGGUUUUUUCCCCACAAUUUCUCAUGAAGUCCACCAUGGCUCCAGAAAGAGUCAGAAAAAACAGUGCCAGGACUUAAACCUGUUUUCCUCUCUGUCAUUGGCCCAGCAAGCUCGCAAGGCCUUUGUGGAGAGAACAGAAGCAAACCUGAAGCAUCCUUUGGUUUUCUGGCCCCUGGAGGAUGGAAUUCCUAGCGAUAUUGAGCUCUUAGAAAAUGUGCUAGAAGCUCUUGACACUGACCAGAAGUUGGAGGUUAAACUGGAUCACUGUGAGGCCAGAAGAAAAUAUAUUCAUUCUGUUCAUCUGCCUAGUGUGGCUGAAGAAUCCCCUGAAAAAGAAGAACCAGAACCUCACAGGUUUCCUGGGUCACGUAAAUACGGUGUGCUUCAAGAAAAAAAGCCCCGCAAAAAGAACCCCGCCAAGGAGUCUCUUUAUUACAAGCACGUACCCAAAGGAGUCUAUGACUUCUGUGCAUGGGCUAACUCAUAUGGAGACUUGGGCAUUGAUGAACAUUUCAUGAUGAAGCAAUUUGACAUUGGCUAUGAGUGCAAACCAGUCUAUACUGAUUCUGCCAUCAAGAAAGUCAGCCUGCUUCCUCCUGAUCUCAGAUUCUGCAGGAGGCUCAGCAAAGUGAAAGAGAUCAGAUUCUCCAUACAGGAGGCAAACUUUGAAAGGAAACUCCGAAAACCAUUUGAUCCUUACAAGUCCAACAGGGAUAAGAUUAGAUAUGGAGCAUGGUACCUGAAGCCAUAUCUGUGGAAAAAGCUAGUAAAUGAUGAGCCUUUGAUGGACCCUGAAGAGUUAUUUGAACUUGAAGGUGGAAAGUACGGUAAACCAGACAUCAUUGAAGAUCUUUAUGGAACAAUUGCCUUUAAGGAUUUUAUCCUAAGCAAAGGCUACAGUAUGCCGGCCAUCCUUGAGAAGUUGUUUAUGAGGAAAGGAUGGAAUUAUGACACUGUCAACACUCCAAUACCAAGAGUACUCAAAGCACAUGAAUUGAUCAUGCAGCAAAAGGAUGAAGAUUAUGAUGAUGAAAAUGACUAGCUGGUUUUCGAUUUUGCUUGACUUUACUCUCAUUUCAAAUAUUGAACGGGAUAUAUAUGAUGAAGAUAUCACUAAAUGUGACCACCUUUUUGGACAAUAUCCAUCUAUAAUGUUAGAUGUAAUGUUUACAAACAUUUCUCAAUGAGCUCAAAUGAACUUCUGUGCCUGCAUAAAUACCUUAUCAACUUCAAGAUCAACAUUCAUAUAUACAGUUAUCAAAUUUAUUUACUAUUGAGAAUGUGGAGGUCACACCAGUUACUUAUAAGAAUAUAAAAAUUAAUAAAAAUCUGAAUUACUAA